AAGAAAAGGUGCACUCCUAUAAAAUCAUUCGCUGCAGGUGGAUCUGCUGUAGUUUUUUGCAUCCCAUACUCGCAACUUGUUUGAGGAAUCCGUGUGGACAUCAGCUUGUACCCGAAAGUGUGUGACACUGAGGAUAGUCCUGUGUUGUGUGAUUUAUCACUAGCUGGUUACCAAAUAAGGCAAGAUGGUGUCACUUAAGUUUAUCGGUGGACUUGUUUGUUUGUUUGCCAUAGCGGCGGCGCAGGACAGUAGUGGAACGCAUUCGAGCGUCAUGAGGUCCCUGCGUAAAGUGUACAGUCAGUGCGAGGAUAGUUCGGAUCUGGUGCGCUGUUUAAAGGUACAGGCGGUCAAGCUCACGGAUCGGGCACUCAAGUUGUCCAGCAUCAAGUUAGUGGAUGGCCUGUCGGUGGUGCAAAAAGCUGACAAACCUCAAGAGGUCUCCCGCUCCCUGGACUCGCUCGAGUCCAGUGUGGGAUCCCUGCCUGGAUACAAAUUGGACGAGAUCCUGGCACAAAAGACGCGGGAGUUCAUGGAAUCGCGCGAAUUGAAGGUCAACGUACCCAGGCUUUUGGCCUAUGGUCAAACAGAAGGAGCUCGCUUCGUUGAGGAGGGACGCAAGAAGAUGAAGAAAUACUACGGACCAUUCAUGGGCGCACUCGCUAUUAAGACGGGCAUUCUCACCAUGGCAUACCACUCCAUUGCUAUUGUCGCCGGCAAGGCUCUCAUCAUUGGCAAAAUUGCCCUCAUCAUCAGUGCAAUCAUUGGGCUGAAGAAACUCGUUACGCCAGAAGGACAUGAGAAGACAACGUACGAAAUUGUUAAGCAUCCCCACAUUUCCGCGAGCCACAGUUACUCGUCUAGUCAUGGGGAGUUUGAGGGACACGAAUCGGGUGGCCAGUACCACAGGAGUCUCGGCUCGGGUGACUUGAUGAUGCAAGAUCGCGCCUACAGAGCCCAUGUGCCACGAGUCUAAGCAAUGCCCGUCUCGUCAUUUUUAAAUCACUUUAAAAUGUCGACGAACUUCCCCACCCCAUCCUGCAAAUCCCAUCCCCCGCUAAACCAACCCAUCCCUUCCACAAUGUCCUCAAAUGACCUUAACUAUGUGAUCCUGACAUUUACAUAAUACCUGAUUGUGGCAAAAAAACGAUCCUCCCCAGCUUCCUCCCCAUCAUAAGUCCUUCAAUCCAGUAUUCCUUUCUCUGAGAGUCAAAUCAACCAUUGCGGAUAAUUCGGAAGAUGAGGAAGAUCCCUCUAACCCUCUGGGAAGACAAGGAGAACGCUAAACAUGCAUCGUUUUGUAGCGGAAAUGGCACGAUGAAAGAAGAAAAAUUAAACUAAUUUAUUUAUUUAUUUGUGUUUUUGUAAAGAAAUAAAGAAGACAGCUACUUCAUUGAA